AAAAUUCAGAAAUCAGAGUCACGCCUAUAUCUCUCUCUCUCUCUCCCGUCACUCUCACUCUUCCUCUUCUGCUUCUUAUUAUUACAUCGAUCCUCGUUGUCUCUCCUCUGUUUCUUCAAUCCCUCUUUCUUUCCAACAAAAACAAAAUCAAGAAAGCAAAACUCUCAAGAAACAAUGGAUGCUUCAUUGUCUCCAUUCGAUCACCAAAAAACUCAAAACACAGAACCAAAGAAAAGCUUCAUAACCUCACUCAUCACUCUCCGUUCAAACAACAUCAAAGAAGACACAUACUUCGUCUCAGAACUCAAACCCACCGAGCAAAAAUCACUUCAAGAACUUAAAGAAAAGCUCAAAGCUUCAUCUUCCAAAGCUUCUUCAAUGUGGGGAGUCUCACUCCUCGGUGGAGACGACAAAGCUGACGUAAUCCUCCUCAAGUUCCUCAGAGCAAGAGAUUUCAAAGUAGCAGACUCUUUAAGGAUGCUUGAAAAGUGUUUGGAGUGGAGAGAAGAGUUUAAAGCAGAGAAAUUGACUGAAGAAGAUCUGGGUUUCAAAGAUUUGGAAGGUAAAGUUGCUUACAUGAGAGGCUACGACAAAGAAGGACACCCAGUUUGUUACAAUGCUUAUGAUCUUAAAGAUAUGCCUAAGAGAGAGCUUAGAGUUGCUUCUAAUCAGAUUCUCUCUCUUUUUCAAGACAAUUACCCUGAAAUGGUUGCUACUAAGAUAUUCAUCAACGUGCCUUGGUACUUCAGUGUAAUCUACUCAAUGUUCAGCCCUUUUCUGACUCACAGAACAAAGAGCAAGUUUGUGAUGUCUAAAGAAGGCAAUGCAGCUGAAACACUCUACAAAUUCAUAAGGCCAGAAGAUAUUCCAGUGCAAUACGGCGGUCUUAGCCGUCCUACAGAUUCGCAAAACGGACCGCCAAAACCCGCGUCUGAAUUCUCCAUCAAGGGUGGUGAGAAAGUUAACAUUCAGAUUGAAGGCAUUGAGGGUGGAGCAACCAUAACAUGGGAUAUUGUAGUAGGAGGAUGGGAUUUAGAGUACAGUGCAGAGUUUGUUCCAAAUGCUGAAGAGAGUUACACGAUUGUGGUGGAGAAACCGAAGAAGAUGAAAGCUUCAGAUGAAGCUGUUUGCAACUCUUUCACAACAGUAGAAGCUGGGAAACUCAUUCUCUCUGUUGACAAUACUCUGUCUCGCAAGAAGAAAGUCGCUGCUUACCGUUACACUGUCCGGAAAUCUACUACAACCGCCUAAGACCGGUUUUUCGGAAGAUUGGUUUCUUUCUUAUUACUACUUUUUUGGGUGUGUUGAGAGUUUUUUUCUUGGGUUUGGGUACUAGGUUUGUUUGCUUGCUCAGCGGUCAUGUUGAACCCGAAAUAUCGAAAAGUUUGCGAGGAAAUCAUAUGUAUAAAUACAAUGAUUUGUAUGACAUUUGAAUAUUUGGCUUAAUAUUUUAACUAAAGAUUGAAAUGUCAGUCUGCAAAGUGCAAGCUUAUUUACUCCUUGUACCAUGUUUAGCUAUUGAACACCAGUGGUCCAGUGCUUAUGUUUGCUGCAUUCUCAGUGAUAGUAUUGAGUUGUUUUGUUUCAGAAGCUGAACUAAGCAAUGGAAUUUCAUAAGAAAAUCUGAAUCUUUAA